UUUUCCCGAAAUAUUGCCUGAUAGAUUAACGCAACAUGGGGCAUUUUUUAGGAUUAAUUCUGUCUUAAAAUCCGGUAGGAACUGUCCGUUGUCCUUCCCUAGUUAUUACUCAGCCUUUCCCUUUUUGUGUAAAAGCAAUGUCGACUUUAUGGUGCUUUACGCUUUUUGUAGAUACACCCCAGUUUGGAUGGGCCGUGUCACUCGAACUCCGAUCCGAAGAAAUUUUGAAAACCCGGAACCCGACUUGCAUUUUUUCUAAACCCGGCUGAUCCCUGCACCCUACCCCAAUGUGUUUAUAAGUAGAAAAAUUAUACUUAACGAGAAUUUACUUACAUAUCAGGGAAUCUGCCGACUUGAUUCCCAAAAAUCUGUAAAUUCCCGACAUAUUUUGGGUAUGAAUUCAUGAUUUUCGAAAUCGUGACUGUGUACAUUAGGACUCAAAACAUUAGUAACAACUUUAUCGUGAAAGAGUUCCUCUUCUCUAUAAUUUAAUUUUAAAAUUAUUUUCAAGAAAAUUUUAAAAAAUAAUGGAAGAAAACCAAAUAUUACCCCGUAUUUGUAUAUUAAAUAAAUCCGCAGGAGUUAAUGAAUAUGGAUUUGAUUUACAUGCGGAAAUGGGAAAGGGACAAUUUGUUGGGGCUGUGGAUGUUGGAAGUCCGGCAGAGGUGAUAUCUGGUCUACGCCCCUUAGACCACAUUUUGGCAGUAAAUGGUGAAUCUAUAGAAGGGUUAUCUCACAAAGAGGUUGUCCAACGCAUUAAAUCAAGCUCUAAGGGCUGUUCUUUGCUUGUGUUGGAUGAGGAAGGGUAUAUUUGGUACUUUCUCUGGAUCUGAUUAUUAAAGAAAAUUUUUCUUUUACUUAGGGCCAAGGAAAAUAAUUUGUCUGCAGAAUAUUUACUUCAGCAACUUAACACAAUUCCCAGCAAUGUUGUUGAACAACAGCGUCCAGUAUGUUUACUUGCAGUACGGGACUACUGUAGAUUGAGGGCAGUUCUGUAAAAUUAAAGUUUUUUGGCUCCAGCUCCGACCCACUUCAAAGGGGCUUAGGGUUCAAAAUUAAGCUAUAACUGUAGCCUGCUUCGGAGCUAGUUUUAUGAGUAAUUCACAAUACUGAUUGAGGCGUUUUUCAGACUCCUCUCAUUCUCAGUACCCGCUCUCUCUAUUCUACAGUACAUCUACAGUACUCUCUCAUUCUACAAUACAUAUGAUAAUAAAAAAUUUUUUUUAUAGCAACCAUUUCCUAGAGAGCCAAAUCAAUUUAUAGAAAGUGGUCAAAUAUCGCAAAUUAGUCCACCUUAUAGGGUAGGUAUUUAAUUUAAAUAGACCACACAUUUCCCGGUUUCUUUCUUUUUACCCGGUUUUGCCUGGAUCAUAUCCUUUUUUAAUUCCCGGUACCUUCCCAAUUCUGCUUCAUUUUUUGAUUCCCUGUCCCAGUUGUUGACUCUAGCUUUCUCUCAUUACUUUCCCCCAUUCUCCUAUC